GUGAAAACUGACGCAACAUCAGAAGCACAUUGCAGGGCAAUGCUUGCAAAGUCCAAGGAACCAAAUACAGUGAAGGCAUUUUUGGAAAGCAACAACUUACUAAAUAAGAGAACUGUUUAUCAAAAGCUGGAAGCAGAAGACUUGAUGGACUUCCCUAAACUUUCCAUGGAUGACUUACGAAACAUCACCAUGGGAGUUUAUCAACUUAAACAGGCUCCAAGUUAUACAAAGGAGCACUGUGUUGAAGAUGGACUGUAUGAGUUGCUGGUCUUCUCAGAAAACCCUAAUCUGAUCAAGUUAAAAAUACAGUCUCGACACUGUAACAGCAGAGCACAUUCUUUGUGGAUUGAGUAUGACUCACUCUCUGAUGAUCCCAUCAAAGGUUGGUACUGCACUUGUAAAGUAGGCUCAAGAGUGGUCGGUUGCUGUGCCCACAUUGCAAGUGCAUUGUGGUUUCUAGGAUAUGAACGCUUCCAAGGCAAAUCAUCUGGGGCAGUGACUAUUUCAACAAAGUCUUUGGCUGAUGCAGCUGACAUUCCAACAACAGAUUCCGACACGGAUGAGGAGUAUACAGAGGAAUAA